CACACACAUACUCGACGUCGUGUAACACACGUCCAUCACUCGUGCGCGCCUGGACCUGACUUUGUAGUUAUCACCGUGUAGGCCUUGCUCACUUGUCUAUUGGAGUUACAUUCCCCCAUAUUAUUCAACAUAAUGACAGGCACAUACUGUUGCGCAGGUUUUUUCCAGUUGUGUGUUUUUGCACAUUAGAACGAGGCUGUAGCCUGGUGCCCUCCCCUUCGCCGUGUGGCCUUACGCAACCUGGACGGAACUGACCAAUGGGGGCGGCGUUUGUGCACUUUAAAGGCAUGAAUGGAGAGAAUGGACAUGCCCCGCAAACCAGUUGUGAUGGUCUGAUUGGUCAAAUGUAUAAGAAAGAAACAACUGUGAAGUAUAAGGGACCUAUUUCAUAGCAAAGGGCGAACUGCAUGAAAUGGCUGAGAAUGGUACAACGCAUAAUAAUACGGAGGCACUACAAGCUAAUAACCACAACCACCAUAAUGACGUCUUGGAACACAGGCAGGCCAUGCGCAAUGGCCAUAUGCAAAUUGCCAUCAAACAGGAGUCAAAGUACAGUAGUUAUUCCUCAGAAGACUCGGAAGAUUCUCCCUUAGAUUUUUCGUGUAAAAAAAGGAAAUUUGUGGAGCAUGAUACUUGUGGAAGGGAGUCUGCUCCAUCAUCAUCAUCCAAUGCGGAUUCCUCAAGUUUUGCGGACGGAAGAAAAUCUUCCGAUCCUGAGGAUGGGAUCUUAUUCAAUGGGGCGUUACAUAAUCAAGAUUUAUCAGACAGACAGAUUGAACCGGGGGAGAUCAAGCAUCCUGCGGGGAGAUGUUCACCUGGAACAACCGCAGGAUUGGCAGGUAUGAUGUCCAAAAUUCAUGCAGGCUUCAUGUCCCCCACACAACUUCUAGGAGGAGUGUUUCCCCAAAACAUGAUGGAUCCUAGGGUAUCACAACAACAUAAUGGUUCAAGGCCGUUCAAGGCCUAUCCCAAGGACCCCCUUGCUAUGUCAAUGAGUGCAUAUGGCCUCUCCCAUGGUUAUUCUCCCUUUCAAGGAAUGGAUACAAGUAUGUUACAGGCUUUGAAUAUUACUGGAGAAGAGUUUAUGGAAAUGUACAAAAAACAGUUACACUCAUUGAGAGAAAGGGAUCAUAACGGUAGUCGGGGGAUGAGACAUUUAGACUCAACCCCAAAGUCGUCCUCACAUACUUCCUCGCCCCCAUCUUCAUCACUCAUUAACGCUAACAAUAACACAUUUUCGAAUGGCAGCAGAAACAGUAGCCCAGACAUAGGAAAUUCCCCACCACUAUUUUCCGUGCCUAGUUCAAGUGUUGGUAUGGACAUAACGGCCUCUGGCAGAAAACGACCUAAAACCCUGCCAGACGAACAGAAGGAUGAGGCCUACUGGGAAAGGAGGAGAAAGAACAACGAUGCAGCUAAGAGGUCGCGAGAUGCAAGGAGAGCAAAAGAGGACCAGAUUGCGAUCAGAGCAGCUUUGUUGGAACAGGAAAAUCUUAAGCUUCGUGUAGAGGUAGCGGCUCUGAAGACAGAAACUGCUAAGCUCAGAUGCAUGUUAUAUAAUAGCUGAAGUUCCUGGAUUUAGAACAACCAAAACCUUACGUGUAACUUGUUAAAAACACAAACAUUGAUCUACCUCAAAACAGUUUACUCAGGUUAAGUUUAUACGGAUGAUAUCAACUCAGGUAUGUAAAUAUAUAUAAAGUCUUUAUUUACAAUAAUAAACACUAUCUUAUAGAAAAGAAUGAAAAACAAAAAUUGUUAUCACGAAUUGUGAACGGUUUGUUACAUUUUCCCAUUCACCAUCAUCUAAUCGUCAUUAAUGACUGGCAGCUUCCCGUUCAUUGCUGGCUACUGCAGUAAUCUGGUGAACGUUUAUGCCUCCCUCCCAUUGGUCUCUAAGGACAACACUUACUGUUGACUACGGUGUUAUUCCCUUCAGUUUGUCCCACGGGUUUAUAUUGUUGAUACAAUGACAAUUUUUAACAAUCACUUUAUGAUGACACUGCAGGGAAAACACGUUUUUAUGCUUUUUACCUGUUAAAAAGCAACACUGGUGUUUACAUAUUAUGAAGUACGUUUAUAUUUGGUUUUAUUUUGUAAAUACAUUUUGUUUUAGAGUGUAAUGUAGAUUUGUAUAUGGACCCUGUCAAUCCCUCACUGUUGAUGCCUUAUGUGAUCAUCAUAACACACAUAGUUUCCCCCUAAGCUCCUAAUGUAAUCAAUGAUGCAUCACGUUGAUUUCAACAUGGCCGGUUACGUGUAGUAGAAUACAAGGAGUGUCCUUAUUCAUUAUUAACUUCAAUAAGCCAAUACAUUUUCUGGGAGUCAUUAGGUGUAUUAGCAAAUUAGCAUAUCUUUUGAUGUAACAUUUCAAAAUGCUGUGGAGUAUGUUUGUUCGUAAAGCUGUAACAUAUGCCAUUUUAUUUCGGUUUUAAGAGCUAUUUUUUUUGAUCAUGAAUUUUUCAAUCAAAAGAAAACGUCAUGUUUGCCAUUGACAGCGAGGGAUUGAAUGAGUCUUAACUAGUAAUCUCAGGGAGUUUUGAUUACACCAUGUUGUUAAUGUUCUUCAUUUCACUUGUCAUUAAUCAUAACAGUUAUUGAUAGGUUUUGAUAUUUAUCAAGUUAAAAGAAGAGUUUGAGAUAAAGAGGAAUAAGAGAUGAAAAUUGUAACGCAAGUGAGAGAGAAAGGAAGGAAAGAUAAAAAGAUGGGGAUAUAGGAGACCGAAAGAAUGGAGAUGUUCAAUAAUUUAAGAUUGAGUGCUUGCAAGGGGUUCUUAUUUGUGUUUAAGAAAUUAAACCCAUGGAUAAUGCUAGACUGAUAUAUUCAUUUUCAUAAAAUGAAGAAUGAAUAGACGAAAAUUGAAUAACAUGAGCAUUUUUUAUAUAUAGACAGUGCAGAAAAAGUGAGGAGGUGAGAAUUUGAAUUAUUACGAAAGUGGUUAUGUAUUAUACAUGCAAAGUACUUAUAUGGAACAAGACUUAUUAAGUAUUAGGUAUGCAGCCAGAAGUAUGAGAUUUUAAGUGAUUUAUGAGAAAGAAUGAACAAAUAUUAAAUUUUUUACAGACGUAAUAUGCAUGUACAGUGCUAGGUGUUACUAUGAAAGUUGUGUUGAAUCUAUGUAAUUGAUUACAUUCUACCUCGACUGAUUACAUUUAUCGUAUUGUAUGGAGCUGACGGGUAACUGAAUUGUGGUAUUCCAUGUGUAAAUAUAUACUCUAUACAUAUGAUACAAAAUGUAACCCUUAACCUAUUGCAAAUGAUCGAACAAUGCAGAAUUGUUUUAUAUUGCCCUUUGACCUCUUUGUAAGUUAAGUAUGACAUGUGCCCACGUGAUAACUAAACUAUCAACUACCUCUUAUGAUACAUGUUAUAACGCGAUGUUUCUAUUUAUAUAUUUGUCUUGUCAAUAUUUGUACACCUAUAUCCCUAUUUUUAGAUCACAUUACAAGAGAAUUACUUAGUUCAGUCCCAUAUAAAAACUUUGUAUGAAAUGUUUGUGUUAAAAUUUGAUUAUUAGUGUCGCGAUUUCACAAAUUCUUUUCUUGUUGAAACUAUUUUCAAAAUUCGCUAAAACGCGCGCGUGAUUUCCAUAUCUAUUUUUUUUAUUUUUUUUUACUAAUGAUGUAUAAGAUGGCGAAAUCUGAACAUUUGCUUGACAAAAACAUUUGAAGGAAAAUUAUAAUUUUCAUCUCAGUUUAUCACAUGACAAUUUUUAAAACAAAUUACAAACAAAACCACAAAGGAUUAUCAAUAUAUGUAUAUGUAUAUACAAUUUUGAAUUCCGAUUCACCAUUUUCCCAUAAUCAUUGUUGAUUUUAUGCCAUUCAUAUUAUCCAUAUUCAUUUGGCAGCUGACCAAAGCACUGUCAUAAGAUUCUAAAACACAAAAUUAUAUUAUAUGAAUUCUUAAAGGGACCUUCCAAGAUGUUUUAGAAUUAUUCAAUUUAUCAUAUAUAACUAUUUUAGUGAAAAUCCUAAUUGAACAAUUGUUGCAAGCACAAUCUAUAUUUGAACAAAUCAAAGUCCAAAGUAAUGUUUCAUGUCUUUGUCUAUAGAUGUCAGUAUGAUUUAGUGUAUUUUCUCAUUGUUUUUAUUUUUGUAUGAGGUACCUCUCUGUAAACACUUUUAAUGAUGUUAUCAAACAUUUAUGUGUUUACAUCUAUAGUCCGGUAUUUAGUCAUAAAUCUUCUACCUCGUCAAAUUUUUAUCUGUCUUCAAAAUGUUACAUACUAUUUACACUCUUAAUGUGGUUUUGAACACAAGUUCGACAGUACGGGUUUGUUUCACAGGGAUGUAUAUAAACAAAUAGAUAUUCCCAAAUAUUGACCUUAUUUCUCUUACACAAACGUCAGGUAUUUUUUAAAAAAGUUUAAAUAAACAUUUUUUUCUGUA